GGGGUUUAUGAAGUUUUUUUGCGAUUUCUUACAUUGUCCGACCUUCAACCCAAUUAUGCAAAACGGUAUAUUGAUUCAAAAUUCGUGUGUAGCCUACUUGAAGUCUUCGACAGUAAUGACUCUCGGGAACGAGAAUACUUGAAAACGGUACUACAUCGAAUUUAUGGAAAAUUCGUCAAUCUCCGUCUGUAUAGUUUCGAGAACACCACUAAAUCAGAUAUAUGA